AUGUCCUCCACUUUGCCAAGACCAACUUUAAAUCCUUUAGAAAAACAUAGACUUGGAAAACAAUUCGGCCAAGAAGUACCAGAAUUUGCCGACUACCAUCAAAAGAAGAAGGACGUCUUUGAACUUUCUUUGAAGGUGGGCUCAGUUUUGGGUCUUGUCGCUGGUGUUCCUGCUUAUCAAAAAUCAUAUCAACCUCUCACUGGUAUUUUUGUUGCUGCUAUGGGUUUCCUUGCCGGUCAAUCAUUUGUAAAACAUGUUGCUGGACGAGCUUACGGAUUGAAUCCAUUGAACGAUGCCGAAUAUGAAAGAGCCUUCAAUUUAUGGGUUUAUUAUGAACACAAUCCACACCGUAAACAACAAGAUUUACCAGUCCAUACUAUGGAAGCUAGAUAUCAACAAAGUUUGGCUGAAUUUAGAGAAAAACACAAGAAUGAAUAUCAAAAGUUCUUGACUCAACAACAACAAUAAUUCAUGUGGACAUUUCUUCAUCAUGUGAUCAUAAUUUCUGUGUAGAUUUAGUAGUAAUAUAACAUCAUCAUAUGAUUUGUACUUUCUUCCAACCACACCCCUCCUUCCUUCCCACCUCUUUCAAACAUUAAAUUAACACGUCAAAAUAAACCAAAGGGUAUAUUAUUUAUGGUAAA